AUGGCUAAUCUUGGACCAUCGGAUCGUGUUAUGGAAAACAAGCCUUCUAUUAGGUACAUGAAAAGUUGGUCUAUUAUAGAUAGGAUAUUUAUGGGGACUCUUCAGCAAAAUGGCCCAAAUAUGUGUACAAGAUUCAUGAUAACCAUAAUGGGUGUGAUGGUUAAAUAUUGGGAGAUCACUAAGGCCUUA